GAACAUUUACACUCUACAAAGACUUCUAUUUAAUGUGGCAUUUUGUCAGAGAAACCUUCUCAAGUGGGUUUUACCAUGUGUCUUCGACUUUUGGAAAAUUUUAAAAUAUUUCUUGUAGCAAUCUGCAUUCACAAUGUUUCGACAUUGCGACUGAAAUCAGAGAAACAUUCAGUUGAAGAUAAAGACCACAAUGCAUCGCGUCGUUACAACGUGAAAGAUAUCUACAACAGCUCAUUGGCGUCCAGGCGAAGCACAUACCGCAUUAACAUGCCGAUGAAAGUGGCAAAACUUAUACUACCUCAAAUCACGAAUAAAAACCAAGAGACCAUCAUUAGAAUAUAUCCUGAUAAAUCAGCCAAGGCGCAAAGUGGAAAUGGAAGCAACUACUUGUUAAGCCUCAGUUAUAAAAAGCUAAAUGACAUGGGUGCUCCAAACAAACUCCAAGCUGGAAGGCGUGCCUGUUAUUACGGCGAACGCCCUGGAUGUUGCUCGGUUUGUUGUCCCGGAUCAAUGUGUGGUCCACCCACGAUACCAGGAUCAUGCAUCUGCUGUCCUCGGCCAAUUUGUCCACGACCGCCCUGCUGUUGCUGCUGUUGCUGUUCCAGUCCACCUCCGCCACCACCCCCUCCCCCAAAGAAACCUCCACCUCCCCCUUGCCCUAUGGUAUGUGUACCAUGUAACCCUUGCCCUAGGCCCCCAUGCCGUCCAAUAUGUAUUCCACGUCCAUGCCACUCGCCGUGCCGUAUACCCGCACCACCAGUACAUGCACCAAUCUUAGGACCCUGUGUGCCAGCCCCGCCGGCUAUGGGACCGUGCCAUCCUCCGUGUUUUCCUGAAAGGCAACCCUUGGUGCCUGCUUCGCUCCACCCAGCCCCUCCAAUCAUAUCUAACAGGCCAAUAGUGGUGGAUCAUCCAUUAAAAGGCCCCCCUAUAUUCAUAGAUCAGUGUCGCGACGUUCUACCGGAAUGUAGACAAUAUGCCAAGAGGGGAAUGUGUAAUCAUGCAUCGCCUUUUCACACCAUUCAACAAAUACGAAAAAUAUGUCCUUUCUCUUGCGGGAUUUGUAAUAAUUACGACGAGAAUGCGGCACUUCUUCGAAGGCAGACACCUUCUGGACUCCAUGUGAGGCCUGCAAUGCGUGCGAAACUGAACAGAGCCUUAGUACAAAUCAUUCGAAAUAGGGAUCUCGAGGGAAAUUCAACACUCGAGUCUCAACAUGUUAAAAGCAACUCUAAAGAAGAACAAGUUGGAGUAAAGAAAAGUCAUCAGGCCUUGGGUCGUGUGAUUCAGUCAGAGAAGCCUACUGAAGUAGACGAACUGAAUAGUGGAUCGGGCGAACCAUUCGAUAAAUUGAAAUAACUCACACGAAACAGUUCUACUUUUACGAAAGAUGGGGAGGCUUAAAUUGCCCGACGAAUAGCUAUUUUGUAGGAUAGCCGUGAUACAUGCACAGCCACAAAUGGCAACAAAAAGGGAAAAGUGACGAUAAGUUUAGAAUAAUUUAGCUUUGAAUAAUUUAAAUGGCGAAAAGCUAAGUUUG